AUGAAAUAUGAACCAGAAUUUAAGAAGUCCCCAUCACAUCUGUUGAAGAAAUUUGCAGUAUGUGAUAUUCCUCUGUAUGAUAUAUGUGACUACAAUGUCUCCAGAGACCAAUGCAAGGAACUCGGGUGCUGCUUUUAUAAAGGCGUCUGCUAUGAAAAGGCAAUUCCGAUUUAUGUGCAAGUGUUCUCUGCCUUGAUCGUGAUCAUCUCCGGAGCCUUUGUUAUCACUAUAAUUUACAGAGUUUUUCGAGAGAGUAGGAGAGAAAAGGAUGUCUCUUCGGAUAUAAGUUCACCAUCCAAGUUAGAUGAUAAACUCUCAGCCAGUGAUAAAACAGUGUCGCAGGAGCAGAAAUCUGAAUCGACAGCGCAAAGUUCUGAAUCCCCUGCAGCAAUGUUGAAAUCUGAUAUGUACUUUACACUUAUAUUACAUUUCAAUUCAGACUAA